AUGCCUCUCAUAUUCUUAAUACUGUUUGGUUCUUUUUCUGUCAACGCUGAAACCUUCUGGAUCACAACUGAGCUUUUGAAAGUUGAUUGGCGUGAAGGAUGCUUAACUACAGCAAACUGUGCUCAUCCACGUUUCAAAAUUCAAGAAGAGCUUUUGACGCUGAGCGAUGAGCGGACUGUUAGUUGGCCUAUUUCAGAGCACUUCGUACAGGACGCUCCACGUGUCUUGGUUUCUGAAUGGAGAUCAGGAAAACCUGAAGAUGUUUCCGUAUCAUGUCAAGUAGUCGGAACAGAUACUAUGUAUGGAUUUCCUCGAACAUGUGAUAAGACAUCAUCUGUCAGAGUAUUUCAAGCAACGGAUUCAGAAACUCCCAUUCAUACGCGUUCACGACGUCAUAAUAUGGAAACGACAGAUGAAAAAGGCAAGAGUAUCAUUGAGAUACGAGGUAAAUGCUUCAAUGCCACUUUAACUAUUGAAAAGCAUACUGAACGUUGCCCAACCUGCCCGGACCCGAAUGAUAUGACAAUUAUCGGCCAAGAGCUUCCUGACGAACUUUCUGUUUUCUCAGCGUCGAUUCUAGCCCCUUUGCGUGGAGAAGAUCGACUUAUGCACAUUGGAAUGCUUGCAUUAGCAGCGAUUGCUGUAUGUACAUCAGCUGCUUUCGGAUGUCUUCUGGUGGCUUUCAUGAGACAGAAGAAUUUUUCCCGUUCGACGCGCCAGAUAUCUGUUAAACCUCGUUAUCAUUUACCGUACUCGCCAGCUCUUGUCAAAACAGAUGACGAAUCUAGAUAUGAUAUGCCCUGGGAACUUCACCGAAACCUAGGAUACUGGCAAACAAAAUCGGAUACAGCAACUACUACGUCUCCUCUCGAUUCUUCAUCGUCUAUAGGAACAGGCAGAUACAACUACAGAUCAACAAUGCCUCCACCACAGACCAGAAUUUAUCAUCAUAUUUCACCUAAUUCUUCAAUAGGAGCCCACGAUUCAGGAUUAGAAUCAGUCUAG